AUGCCGUUCUCCUCAUCCUCCUCCACCCCCGAGGUGUCUACCACCCCGCUCGCAGACUACUUCUGGAUCGCCGGUGUUGAUGGCACAGAAAUCUUAGAGACUUUUCAAAGACUGGGUGACGAAUACAGAGCAAAUAGUGCCACCUCCCCUGGCCCCGCUCUUGCGGACACUAUCGAGGAAGAUGCGGACGCGGAGGAGGCACACGACCCCCGUUUGGACUCUCUCUCUCGGCCCAAUUCCAUGGCUGGAGGUCGCAAUUCCUUCCAGCGUUUCUCAAUGCGCUCGGGAGACUCCAGUGAGUCCAGCGGGAAUGGUACCAGCAGCAACCGGAGCAGUCUGACCAUUAAGGGUAAUCAAUCGCCCAGAGGGUCGUCGUUCCUAGAAGAUUUCGACUUUGACAAGGCCCUGUUUAAGUUUGCGAACGAGCGGGAGUCGUUCCUGUCGGAUCUGAGUCUCAGUGCUGGAGCUAUCACUCCCACGUCGCGCCCCAGGUCCAGGUUACGUACACAGAAGAUUGUCUCUGAGGAGACCCCCUCUCAGCCAUCUAGCUUGCUUAGAUCAGGUAUUGGUAGUGUGCGGCGUCAUAUGGCAUUCAGAGACAUGAACAGUAUGAAACGGCAGCCGUCAGUUGCUCGUCAAGCUUCUAUUCGGACCUCGCGACGACUCAGUAAUUACAACUCAGUUAUUCCGGCACCGCAACCGUUGGAGAUCUCCCCUACCAUGCAUCCCCUGAAACGCCGUUUUGAGCCCGUUCUCCUCGAUCGGUAUCCAACCAAAGGAAUGUCUGACGAGCUGAAGCAGCGGGGCAACUUCCCGGACUAUGUCCCGAUGUUUGCCUUUCCGAACGAUAUCCAUAUUGUUUCUUCAGACCAGAGACCGCGCUCUACCUGGCACGGGUUUGUCAUGACAACUGACAAUGGCUCACGACUGCACGCCAUCUGUCUUAUCAUAUGGAUUCCACUGAAUCCGCGAGCUGCGGAGGAGUUGGAAAAACGCUGUGAGGAAUGGCGAAAAGACAAUAUGACAGACGAAGAGCGAGAGCUAGCGGCCAGUCUCGGUGAAAGGCUAGCGAGUGAACGGGCCAAACUCUCGAGACUUCUAGCCCAACUCCCGACGGUGCCUUCAGGGUCGGAACAAAGAGAACAACUGGAGGAUGAAAUCAGUGCGGUUGAAGAGAAAAUCGGUUUAAUGACCGAUCUUUUACGCCCAGUCCGGCACGGCGCAGCAUCGAAAAUUGAAGGCCUGACUGACGGCGACACGGGAUUCUGGAUCCCCCGCGCUUACGGGAUUCUUGGGCGGGAAGAAAGCAUGACAAGUUUCUGGAAAGAGUGGCUGAAAGCAGUAGUUGUGCCCAUGACCGAGGGAAGCAUUCAGCGCAUCCCUCCAAGCUCUCCGCGGAUGGGGAUGUGGCAACCCUUGGAACGAUAUGUGAUGAACCUAUGCACUGAGGCAUUUAGCCCCAAUUCGUCCAAGACACAAGUAGAGCUUUCGGUCCGGGAGUUGCGCCUAUUUGCGCGAAAGGAAGCUACCAACGAACUGCCGGGCUCCCGAAAUACCGAUCUCUAUGCACUAUUCCGAACUUUGUCGCUGCCGAACAUCAUUAUUCUUUUCGAGUAUGCACUGACCGAAUCGCGUAUAAUAUUCCUGUCGUCCCAUACUUCGAUGCUUUACUUGGCUACUAGGGCACUGGUUGAUUUGUUGUUCCCAUUCCAGUGGACUGGAGUACUCAUUCCUGUUUUGCCUGCACGUUUGAUCCAAGCUCUCGAAGCUCCUUGUCCUUACAUUGUAGGUAUCGAGCGGAGGUAUGAGAAAGUUGAGCUGCCAUCGGAUGACUUCGUCUUGGUGGAUCUUGACGCAGACCUCAUUGAGAGUACAGUUCGGCCAACGCCCCUGCCGCGUCACCAGCGGAGGAAGCUGCAUUCGCUGCUUCAACUGGCCGCCCCCCACCACAGUCGGUGCGGUGUCCCAACUGGUCCGCCAGCAUAUGCAGUGGAGACCUUCCCGUUCGAUGCGUUUAUGUCGGAGAAUUCCUCUAUUUUCCACUCCAAAGCGCAGUCGACUCAGUUAGCCAAAUACGUCAGUCUUAACUCGAGCGCAUUCGGCCAGGCCUCGAUGCCGGGGACGUAUGCGCCUCUCGUAUUCAAUGCUUAUCUGCAUGCUCGCUACGAGCAGGUUCCGUCUAGGGGAUAUUCGUCUAAGGGUUCUGACCGGCCGGGAACUGGAUCGUCGAAGACCGGAUCGCCUCCUUCACCUAGGGACAGUUCUCCCACUUCAGGCCAUUUCCCGGUUUCCUCACGGACUGAUUCGGGGAUGGCUCUUCAGGCAUCUUUGCGCGAGAAACGCUCAGGUCAUUUCGAUGCUGCAUCGCGAAGAAGUUCAUCGUUCGGUGUGGAAUUAAGAGGAGGUGUUCCAAGACGGCCAAGUGCUCCUUUCCUAGGCCACGCCUCGAAUUUAUCCGUGACAACCCUGAAUACGGAAUAUAAUUCUGGGUCAACUUACGCGCCCUCUGUCUAUGCCCAAUCGACUGUUGCUGCGUCCACCAUUGUUCCCCAGCCUUCCUCGCAACCAAUUCACAACUCCGAAGGCACCUGUUGGGUGGAGGGGCAUUGCUUGCAAGUGCUGCCAUGCGACGACAAGUCUAUCUGUGCAAUCUGUGAUGAAAGGGCUGAUGAAGCCAUGUACAAGUGUAAUGCCUGCAAGACCCUUGUCCACAACCGCUGCGCCUUGCAGAUCUGUCUUGUGUGUCCCGCUGCAUUCCAUCCAGAACAGAUUCGCGCCGCAUUCGUUAGGUGUUUCGCUAGCUUGCUCUAUACCUACAAGAAGUUCUUACAACCUGCUUCCGGUGAUAAGAAGAAAGCGGGCCUGACCUAUAAUUUCAACAUGGAAGCGUUCCUGAAAAGCUUGCCAGGCGAGCACGCUGAAUAUGCUGCCGUCCUGCAGCAAACACAAAGCUUCAAUGAAUUCAUCAGUGAAAGAGAAAGGGUCAAUCCCAAGUCCAAGGACCCAAGAAUGGCGCUUUUUGAUGAGAUUGUCUUAUCCAAACGUAAUCGUGGACGGACUUCUUUUUUCUCCAGCCGGAUGCAGACGGAUUUCCUUUCGGAUACGUCGAAUCAUCUUUGGGUAACUGCCAGUGCUAGUUCCUUCGGUCCAGGUAGCAGGGGCCAACAAGGUCUUUCGGGGGAUUAUACCCGUGUCGUCACUAGAGCACCAGCAAAACUCGAUAACAGCCUGAUGAAAGAGCCCCGCAUGAUCCACGGAGCCCCUCGGGUAUCGAAGACGGCAAACAAUGCUCGUAGAAAGCCACUGCCUAAGCUCAUGAACGGGCUGGCCAUUUCACCCCCAUAA